UUGAAAAUUUAUUUACGUUCUUCUUUAUAUUUCAGCUUUUAAUUAAUAAUUCUAUUUCAGUUUUUAAAACAGGUUUAAUUGGAAUAGACUAAAAUUAAUACGGAAAGAAAUUAAUUAAAAUCCCGACGAUAAAUUAGUAUAUUAAAUAGAAUAUACAUAGUUAAAAUAAGAUGUCAUUUUAUAUUCUUCAAAAAUCUCAGUUUUUAACGAAAGCUUCUCAAUUAAAAAAACCACAAUGUCAAAGUAAAUGGUCAAUUAAGUGGACGUUUCGCAAAACCUUAUUAGGAAAUUCUAAUAAAAAUAGUUUGGAUAGUACGAUAUCAGUUCAAGCAAAUGUAACACGUUCAUUUAGUUCAUCAAAUCAAGGAGGUCUACCAAAUGGAAAUCAAGGACAUCUUUCAAAUUCAUCUGGUGCAAAUACCGGUACUACUACAUCAUCAACAUCCGGAAAAAAAGGUAAAUUUAGUAAAUUAAAAAGACUCCAUUCAAAAUGGAGUUGGACAGCUGGUGCUGGUGGUUGGACUAUACUAUCAAUACUCGAUUGGUGGUUAUUGGCUACAGGUGGCUGGUUUACAUGGUCCGGUCUUCUGAUGCGAUGGACCCCGAUCGGUGUUACAUUAUUUGCAGUUUUAGAAUGGCAUUUCCACAAUCAACGACUUAAAAAAGAGGGGCUACCUUAUAUAGCAUCACCAUUUCAAGCGAAUGUUUAUUGUUCCCUCCCUCUAAGAAUGGUAAGCCGUUGCUGGGGUUGGUUAGCAGAUCGUAAUGUUCCAGUUUCGCUGCGACCUUAUGUAUAUGGAUUAUAUUCAAAAAAAUUUGAUGUGCAAAUUGAAGAGGCAGAAAAUCCAGAAUUGAAGGAUUAUCGAAGUUUAUCCCAGUUCUUUACAAGAUCAUUAAAAGAAGGUGUUAGAGUAAUUGAUAGCCAAUCAAAUUUAGUUUCUCCUGCUGAUGGAAGAGUUUUGCAUUUUGGUUCGGCAUCGAAUUCACAAAUAGAACAAGUAAAAGGCGUUACUUAUAGAAUUGAAUCCUUUUUAGGUCCAGAUAAUUGGAUGGAAAAUGGUACUGAUACUAAUUCAUAUUUGACAAAUAUUAAACAUGAUAAAUCAGAUAAAACUUCCUUAUAUCAAUGCGUAAUUUAUUUAGCCCCAGGAGAUUAUCAUAGAUUUCAUUCACCAACAGAAUGGGAGCCAACUUUACGAAGACAUUUUCAUGGUGAACUAUUAUCGGUGAAUCCGAAAAUAGCACAAUGGUUACCUGGUUUAUUUUGUUUAAAUGAACGUGCUACAUAUAUAGGAAAAUGGAAAUAUGGUUUCUUUAGUUUUACAGCUGUUGGUGCAACAAAUGUCGGUUCUGUACAAAUCUAUUUUGAUGAAGAUUUAAAAACAAAUAAGUAUUUAGGAAUAAAGCCAGGACAUUUAAAAACGAAAACUUAUGAUGAAAUUAAAAUAUUGAAUGCGAUAAAAUUGAAUAAAGGUGAUAUUGUUGGACAAUUUAAUAUGGGAAGCACAAUAGUUUUAAUUUUUGAAGCACCAAACAAUUUUAAAUUUAAUCUUCAAUCUGGCCAAAAAAUACUUGUUGGACAGUCUUUGGGAAGUAUAGUACAAGAAUAACUAAAGAUGACGAAUUACAUAUUUAGUGAUUCUCCAAUAUAUUGAUGAUAAAAUAUUUGGCUUUGUUUGAAGAGAAACAGAAAAAAAAGCAUCCAAAUUGUUGACAUACAUAUAUAUGCACAUAUGUAUAUAUAUAUGUAUAUGUGAUCCAAAAUAUUGAAUGAAAGAAAAAAAAAAAACCAAACGAUGAAGACUUAAUAAAUUUUAGUAUGAA